GCCAAACUCAAAAUCCUCCGCGUCUGAUACACUCGUCUUCUCCUCACCGUUCUACAUAGUAGUAACAGACCGACCGACGAGCCUCUAUGUUCCAUGCCGUCAUUCGACUUGAGCGCUUCUUUGUUGACUACAGCUUUCUUGUGCGCUCUGCUCCCCGAACACCCCGAAAAGCGGACCGGCUUCUAUUCGCCCGCCGCUGCUGCUCCAGCAAGUGCAACAACCACCCCUGGUCUCGGUCGCCGCCCAGCGGCCCUCGACCGCCAACGUAUUCAGAGGAAGAAUUAGACAAGAAAGAAAAAAAAGGAAAAGGCAGCGCAAAAACGGUACUAAAAACGCCGCCCCCGAAGGAAUUCGAUCAGUCCUAGCGCCGACUAGCUGAGACUUCCCAUCUCUGGUCCCCCCCCCCAAGCUCGGCAGAGCCAAGUAAGUGCCUUUUCUCAAAUAUCAACUUCAACCAUCUCUGCUCUGCUCUCCACUCGCUUGCCUCCCCGUGGCCCCGGGCAGCCUCGCGUGCCGCCCAUGGCAAACAGUAGCACACUUUGACAAAAAUGCCUGUGGCCCUCCGACCACUAUCCAACAUUCGAAAUUACUCUGCAGGGACCAUGCUUAAGAUACUGUACGUCGUUUACCCAAGGCUCGUCUGGCGCCGGGCGGGGAGCCUACCAGUGCUAGCGGGUGCACAGAUGGCCGCCUCGGUCUCUGUGUGUUUUGUGUGGACCCGUUGGAUAUCAAACCAUGAAACCCGACAGCGGCAUCGACUACCUAUCCCGUCAACAUGCCAACAUAGGCAAGUCCUCAGCCUUUGUGUCCCCUUGCACGAUGGCACAGCGUCAAGCCACACUCGCUUCGCUUCUGACACCUGCAGCAAUUCAUUUCUGCUUCCGAGCCGAUCAACAAGAGGCUCUCCGUCUAUUCUCUCUCUCUUCCGUCCUUGUCCGGCGAGUCGCCAAGUUUGCGCUGUUCUGCGCCCCCCUGCCGCCGCCAUCGCCACCCCUCGUGUCACUGUCGUCAGUCGUCACCCAUUCAGCCCAUGGGCAUCUGCAUAUUCAUUGA